AAUACUUCCUGAAACACCUGUUUUUCAGGUAGUGCACAGCGGAGAGAGUGAGUCACACAAAAAAAUGGACGACGAGUAUCUGAAACGCAAAAUUUGACUAGACUUGUCAAUUUAUUCUAACUUUUUCUAAACGCCUACCUCAUUCUAUUAAAAUGGUUCGGCAACAACAUAGGAGUAUACGUUUGAACAUUGUCGUGCUGCUGUAUUUAAUGGUUUGUUUUGUGCUGUGCCAUGUGUCAGCCAUAACAGUGAGCUCCCCUGCAGAGGUCCAUUCUGUGAGGGGCGAUGCCGUCACCCUUACUUGCACCUUCACCUCCAACAGCCGAGCUACUAGCCGUAUGUCAGUGGACUGGUCCUACAGGCCCCAGACUGGAGGCCCUCCGCAGGCAUUCUUCCACUUCUCCUCUCUGGCGUUCCAUCCGCAGGAUGGCCAGUUUAACGGGCGUGUGAAGUGGCUGGGCAGCCCGGCCCGGGGCGAGGCCUCCAUCCAGCUCCUCAACGCCUCCCUCAGCGACAACGGCACCUACACCUGCUCCGUCAGGAACCCACCCGACGUCCACGGAUCCCCUACCUCACAGACCGUCCUCACUGUGAUGCCCAAAGUGCCCGCGGUUCGCUUUUCGGACGUGGCGGUGCUUUUAGCCUUCAUCCUGCUUCCUUCCACAAUCAUCACGCUGGCUCUGCUGGCUCGCAUGUGCUGCCCUCCGAAGGACAAGAGCCAGGUCCAGGGCUACCACUCCCCCAUUGAGGUCACACACGGAGAGGAGCCUGGCUUCAAGCAGAUCCACCACAAGGAGAAAAACAUGACAUGCUGCGACCUAUAUUUGCUGGAUUCCGACGAUGAGGAUUACUACACCCACAAACCGAGGCCUCCGGCUCAGGGAGAGACCAUGGCCGAGUCUCAGUGCUAGACACCCCUGGUGGCGUUGGUCUAUAAGGACAGCGUCCCCCUCCGUGCCUUGCCAAUGGGAGGGGUUGGCCGGAAUUCUCGCUUACACUGUUUGUUAAAAAUGCCAAGAUUCCUGGACUUGGUUCUGUGGAAGGGGCAGUCUCACACGUCAUUAUCCACACACACACACACACCCACACACACUCACACACUCCUCCCUUCUCUCAUGGCUUGUCCACAGCUGAUUCUACUGGUAGGAUAGACAUGGAUCCGGUGCCUGACACACGGACACACACACGUACGUUUAGCACUAUACUCUAAACAUUUCUGGAUCGAUUUUCUUAUUAUGAAGGAGAUGCGUAUAUUACUAAGUUAUUGUCUGCUUUAUAACUUUUGUAAUUUAGAAUCAUUGUUUUUGUACAGCUGUUAUGCAAGUUUUUGUUGAACUAUCGAUCUUUAUGGAAUCUAUUGCUAGAAUUCUAGACAGUCUUUACCUGUGGCUACAUCUGCUUCAUUGAGUCAAAUUAAUAUCAUUUUAAACAUAUCUUUCAGAGUUAGUGUUACAUCUGAACCCGUUGGUAUAACUACAUUCAGGAGUGGACCAAUGAGGUUGAAUGAAUUUAAUGGAUUUGAUUUACAUGUUGGAAUUUGGAUGUACAGUGUAGUGAAUGUUAUUGAAUGCAUGUAUGUGUAAAUUAAAUUAGAAUUAUGCUUAAUAAAAUACGUAAAUGUU